AAUAUGUCUAAUAAUGGUCUACUUAGUACAUGAUGGUCAGAUCAGACAAAAAUUACAUGCCUGCCUUAAAAAUAGUAUAUGCUCCUUUAUUUCCGAUUCAAGAGACCUCACUGGGGGUUGUGCCUUCAUGUUAAGAUCAGUCCAAACCCAAUAUUCUCGAACCAGUUUCCGCUCUCUGCAGACAUUAGUCACAUACUAGGCAAAAUGACAGGUGGAGUACCACUACCGAAACAAAGCUCAUGCUCAUUGUUUAUAUUUUCUUUUGGCUCUGGCCUGUCGAUGUCGACGCUGCUCUAGGUGAUUACCUGGUCCCCAGUUAUCAGUGACUCUAGAUAAGGCGCUUUGCAAAAUGAGUAAACGCCAGGGCCUAACAUGACAUACCACUGCCGUUAAUCAGUCCGACCAACUGCCUUCUGCUGUUCAAACUUGCUCCGGCUGCGGUUACGGCUUCCUUACGUCUGCGAUCUUCCCGAGCUCUGGAGAAACCUUGGACGGACAUUUUCGGUGUACGAGUCAACGUGUUGGGCGCAGCAUGGACGGUUACUCGUACGCGUACAUCUCCGAGCCCGUGGAGUUUAGACAUGUGGAGGGCAAGGCCCUCGACUUCCGCAAGACGUUCGAUGUGCGGGGUCGUGGCACCGACGAAAUGCUCCAGCUAUACCUACGGAAGGCCAACCUGUCCGACGACCUUGACCGUCUGCCGGCAAUUCUGAGACGGGCCUAUGUCUAUGACAUAAUUAGGAGCCAUAAAGGGCCAGGUUAUUGGGUGCCGCCGUCCAUGCAAGUGAGUAGCGACGUCUUUGCCCAUCCGCCACCUGCCGUACGCCCACCUCCCGCUGCCACAGCCAGAACCACGCCCUACGCCGACAACGCCAGUCUGUACAGCAUGAAGAGCUCUUCCUCAUCGAACAGCUUGGACCGCUACCUCGGCGCCCCGCCAUCAACUGCCAUUGCAGGACCCAGCUUCGGCACAAGCGUCCUGGUCAGCAACAAGGGCUCCAAGUAUGAGAUCAGCGGCCCCGUAAACUUUCAGCAUGUGUCCGGCGACGUAACGCGGGAUCGCACAAGAAACGCCUUCGACCUGAACGCCGAUGCAAACGACAACGUCCUGAGGAAGUACAUGAUGGAGCGGGGUAUUACGGAGGCGGACAUAGCGGACAUGCGGCGCCAGGAUGUCAUCAAGAAGAUUGUCCAUUCGAACUUCACCUGGAUGCCCAAAAAGCAGGAUUUUCAGGCUCAGCCGAAAGUUCAGGAACACCAGCCACGGCCACUCCUCUAUGCCACAAUUUCAACAAACAAUAAGAUCACUCCGCCGCCAUCACCUCCGCCAACACCACUGAUUUUGAAGCCAGGUCCCACACCGAGUUUCGCCAACUACGCCUCGCUCACAUCACGCUUUGUGGACAUCUCGGAUAUGGAUAUGCCUUCUGUGGUGAAGCCAGCAGCUCAGACGCCAUUCAGACAGCAGGAGGUUGGUUCAGUUGUUCCCGUCCAGGUUCAGUCUCAGCCACAUCAAGUCAUCAGGCCGAAAGUGCCUCCGCCGCCAUCGGCUGUGACAGCUAACAAUACGUACGCGUAUCCGGCCGCCAUUGACAUGCGUCAAGUGCGACCCUCUGGUCCUCAAAAAUCAGCGACCGAAACGUACGCCACGAUUGCGCCACAAAGAAAAGCAGGCACAAUGCGCAUCCCACCACCAGCGCCUCCGAAGCCAACGAUUUUGCCCAACACCAGCUCGAUGAUGGCCGUGCAAUACGCAACGGGUUCUAAGCCACCACCGCCUGCACCUCCAAUCAAACCAGCACCUUCGAUCAAGGCACCAGCUGCGGUCUAUGCGCCUCCUCCACCUCCGCAGCAAAGGCCGAGUCCAGUUGCAUCAAGCAUUCCUCCGCCGCCACCCCCAAUGCCGGCUGCAACUACAUCUGGUGGUCCACCACCACCACCACCGCCGCCGAUGCCAGCUUUAACCGCGGGCGGACCUCCCAGGGCAAUCCCAAAGUCAGAUCUGCCUAAAGCUGCACCCACGGCUUCUGCGGGCGGAGAUCGUGAUGCGUUCCUGGAGAGUAUACGGAAUGGAGUAGCACUAAAGAAGGUUGAUACAAAGGCAGCUACAAUAAGCGGCAUUAAACCACGACCUGAACGAAAAGCAGCACCACCAGCAAUGGAUUUCAUGAGUGAACUGAAGCUUGGACUUACGCUGAGACGUACAAAGAAUCCGGCCGAAAAUCCAUAUUCCGAUGAAUCACAAGCAUAGCCGUUAAAUAUUUAAUUGUGGCCGCCGCCACACUUUACAGCACUGGACGAAAUACAAGGCUGCCAUAUUAACAAUUUUAAGUUUUAAAUACAAAUAACCAUGACAAAUGAAACCUUUGUAAAUAAAUAUGACUUCCAUGAUAGGA